AGUUAAUUUUCACCCUUUUCAGACAGGAAUGUUUAAUAUGUACAGUCCCGCAUGCGUUAGCUCAUUUACCACGUAGCAUAUAGGUGUACAAAGUAGAAUUAGAAGGAGAAUGAAAUCGACCUGGAAAGAAAAAAACCAGGAAAACAGAUUAUCUAAAGACAUAUCAUCGACAACAGCAACUAAGAAACACGACAAGCAAAUGUUUAGAUUGUGCUAGUGGAACUUCGCAGUUUGUAAAAUUUGAUUACUGAAAACAAGCAAGAAGAAAUGAUGGAAGAAAACCCCUACAAAGAGAAUCCACUGAAGGAGCUCGCUAUUAAAUUGGGAAUCGUUGAGAGGCGGGUUCCAGACAAGCGUGAGAUCAUAUUGGGUGACAGUGAGAAGUUCAAGAAGUCAUUCUACCCCUUUCCCUACCCUAAGAACAAAAUCAUAUCUUCAAAAUACACGCUCUGGAACUUUUUCCCAAAAAACUUGUUCGAGCAAUUCCAACGGCUGGCCAAUUUCUACUUCGGGGUCGUAACUAUAGUAGUCAUCCUGAUAGACGCGCCUGUGAGUCCAGUAGUAUCUAUUAUUCCACUAGCGUUCGUCAUUAUCACAUCAAUGGCCAAACAGGGUUAUGAGGACUGGGUGCGUCACAAAGCAGACAGUGCUCUGAACAACAGGGAGGUCAAAGUAGUCAUGGACGGGUUCAGUCGCAAGGUCAAAUGUGAACACAUAUCAGUGGGAGAUAUUGUACAGGUAGAUGCAGAUGAAGAAAUCCCGGCUGAUUUGGUCUUCUUAUCCGGGUCCAAUCCAGAGGGAACUUGUUACGUCACAACUGCGAAUCUGGACGGAGAAACGAAUCUCAAGGAGUUCGUGUGUCAUCAGGAGACUGCCUCUUUGUCCACUGAGGAGCAGUUGCGCACUAUCAAUGCACUAAUAGAGUGCGAACAGCCACAAGUGGACCUGUACAAGUACAACGGCCGAAUCAACCUAGUCCUACAGCAGAGCGAAAAGUGCAUCAAAUCUUUGUCUGCGGAGAACCUUCUUCUUCGAGGUUGUUCUCUCAAAAACACGGAGAGAGUUUUCGGAGUGGCCAUCUACACCGGAAAGGACACCAAAAUGGCACUAAACUCCAAGUUCAAACCCCACAAGGUGUCUACAGUUGAGAGUGUAUUGAAUCGGUUCCUAGUGGUAAUGUUGCUGCUGCUGAUUCUGGAGGCCAUGUUCAUGGCUGUCAUGUACUUCUACUACAUGACUGAAGACAGUGUCAAGGAGGCCUGGUAUCUACAGAACAACACCGAAUCUGUCAAUGCGGGCAAUACGAUCAACGCAUUUCUGAGUUUCUCAACUCUCAUCAACUACAUUGUGCCUAUCUCUCUUUAUGUCACCAUGGAGCUGCAGAAAUUCAUGGGUGCCAGGUUCUUCGGAUGGGACGCACAAAUGUAUGAUAAGAAAACUGGUCAACAUGCCAAAGCCAACACAAGUGACUUGAACGAAGAUCUUGGACAGAUCCAGUAUCUGUUUGCAGAUAAGACUGGAACCCUGACUGAAAAUGACAUGAUGUUCCGACAGUGCUCAAUAGAGGGUCAACUUUACCACGAGGUGGAUUCGGUGAUGAAACGUAGAUCUGAAAGUGGGACUUCCUUCGUAGACAUUGAUCACGCCGAACAGCAGGUGUUGCAAGACUUCUUCCUCAAACUAGCUCUCUGCCACACCGUUCACGUCAACAGAGGCGUGACCAACUCCAAGUUCAAAGUACAGAUGAGGGGAGAUAGGGAGGACUGUAUUGAGUAUCAGGCGUCGUCGCCGGAUGAGAAAGCGUUAUUAGAAGCUUCAUUUAGACAACGGGUUGCUUUCCUGGGUCUGUUCUCUGGGAACGAGAUGAGAAUUCUUUUAGCUGAGAGAGAAGAAGUAUGCUACAAGCUGCACCAUGUCCUAGAAUUCGACUCUACCAGGAAACGCAUGAGCGUAGUCAUUGAGAACUCAAAAGGUGAAAUGACACUACUUUGUAAGGGCGCUGAAACCGCAGUACUGAAUAGAUGUAUAGCCGGACCAAGAGACACUGUGCUUCAUCACGUGAACAUGUACGCCGAAGAAGGUCUUCGGACACUAGUGAUAGCCGAGAAGAAACUAAGCCGAGCACAGUUCGAAGACAUCAACAGCUGCCUGAACAAAGCGAAGACAGCAUUAGAAGAUAGGGAGAAGUUGCUGGAAGUGGCUUUUGAUCAUAUAGAGACAGGUCUGACGUGUAUAGGUGCUACGGCUGUGGAGGACCAGUUGCAGGACCAAGUUCCAGAAACGAUAGAGUACCUGAGACAUGCAGGAAUCAAAGUGUGGAUUCUGACAGGUGACAAGAUAGAGACUGCACGUAACAUCAGCUACUCCUGCCGACAUUUCAAAAGGGGAAUGAGGGAAUUGUCUCUGUUGUAUCAAGACGAUGAAGCCAACUGCAGGGAGGCCCUUGAACAGAUCAAUAACAUCACUGCGGAGGCUGAAGACAGAGGAGAGAAGUUAGCGAUAGUCGUGGAUGGCCAGUCCCUCGCCCAGACUCUGAAGGACAAAGUGAACAAGGACCUGUUCCUCGCAAUAGCACUCAGAUGUGACGCAGUGCUCUGCUGCAGACUAUCUCCUCUGCAGAAGAGUGAAGUAGUGGGUAUGGUGCGUCAUUCACCGGACAAGCCGGUGACUCUGGCCAUCGGGGAUGGGGCCAAUGAUGUGAGCAUGAUCCAGGAGGCACAUGUGGGCAUCGGAGUAAUGGGGAAGGAGGGAACACAGGCUGUGCGUUGCAGUGACUAUGCCAUCGCUCGCUUCUGUUUCCUCCAGAGGGCAUUGCUGGUCCAUGGUCACUGGUACUACAACCGAAUCUCCAUCUUAGUGCUAUACUUCUUCUAUAAGAAUGUGGCCUUCAUGAACUGUCAGUUACUGUACCAGUUCUACUGUGCUUUCUCCGGUCAAACUCUCUUCCAUUCCUUCCUACUAACCUUCUUCAACGUACUCUUCACCUCCGCCCCAAUCCUCUUGUUCGGAAUCAUGGAGCAGAAUGUCCCCUCUGAGAAACUCCUCAAGUACCCAUCAUUCUACAAAGACAUAUCGCAGAAUAAAAUGCUACAAUGGCCCCCAUUUCUUCUAUGGAUGUUCUACUGUGUAUGGCACGCAGCUGUGGCCUUCUAUGGGUGUUAUCUAGUCAUGCCAGAUGUGGAUAACACUAUGUUUGGGCUGGCUGUGUAUCAUGUUCUGAUUGCGACCUUGAACGUGAAGUUGUGUCUGCAUACGAGACUCUGGGGUGUAGGAUACGUGGUUGCACUGGUGUUCACAAUUAUCGUCUACUAUCUAGUCACUGGAGUCUAUAGUGCACAUUAUUGGUAUCUGUUCCAAGAGUCCUACGUGUUCUACUGGCUCUUUUUUGAUCUGAUCAGGAUGCCAGCUCUGUGGGCCGCCAUGCCCAUCAUAUUCCUGAUUACUUUCACCCCAGAUCUGGUUGCCAAAGUUGUCUCACUUGCGCGAGAGAGGAAGACUCCAGUGAAUUGGCCAGGAGCGCUCAGCCGAAUUCGGAAAAAGCAGGUUGUGCCUAGCAGCGCAGACAACAUUAGAUCAGCACGUACUGGUAGCCCUUCGAAAACUCAUCAUGGAAUGCAGAAACGAGAGAGCGACCUCAGCGGAUCAAGUUUCGACAACGAGCUGUAUCUGCAGAACAGAACACGACAACCAUCGAUUAUUUCGACAGGCUACGACAUCGACGAAACAGGUCGCAAAACGACAGUCUUGAAGGGCUCGGUUGAACCAGCGCUGCAGUAUGCGAAGGUGAAUUCGGGCUCAAACUCAACGUCUUCGGCCCAGAUUGGAAACACACAGGAGAUGAGUCAGAGAUUCUCUAUGGGAGAGCGGACUUCGUUGGCACCAGUCGGUGGAGGGGACAACGAAAGUACAGAAGAGCACUUCACUUCUUCCCGGAUUGAUUCAGCUGCUACUGGUGGCGAAAACGCCUCAAGAACUGAUGAAUGCCUCUCGACUGUCGAGUGACUACCUGGGCCAGGAACACGACCUGGCAGAUGCUGCCAACCAAUCAUCUUCCACUCUCUGGCUUGUAAGUCUGCUAUGACGUAACCGCCAUUGUUACGCAACCCACAUAUUACGCAAUCUUUCCUUCUCUCGUCACAAACUUCAAGCCAACUCUACUGACUGAUUGACCUAAUUAAAAUGGUUUUCUUUUCUCCCAGUACUAAAAAAACUGAAUCGUUGUCUUUGAUAUUCAUGAACAAUAUCCGAACUAACCAUUAAAUGUGCUUGACUUGAUGUGUUUCUAUUUAACUGGAGUUUGGUUAGAAAGAAACGUUUUAGGGUUUAUCAAAUGGCUGCUUAAUCACAUAUCGAUUUAUGUAUACCAUUUCCAAACUUCUGACUAAAAUUUUUUAAUCGAUUAGCAAUACAAACACGGUCCCUAAAAACACAAGCGUUAAAGUUAAAAGCAAAAUUUCUGUCAGUCGACAUAAUUUUUUGAUCUAUUUAAUUACAUUAGAUUCGAUAGUGAAAGUUCAUAAUUGUGAAAGGUUAUAGUUUCGUGUUAAAGUGUACAUAUAAAGUUCUAUUUUUGUGAAAUUUGUAAGAUUUUAUUAAUUUGUGUUUUCUUCAUUCAACUCUAUCACACUAGAUCUUUACUUCAAUGUUUAAAUGCAAUACAUAUUUCGCAAUAUUAUUUUAGU